AUGAGGGUCGACAGUGUCCUUCCUGUCACAGUACCAGAUGCUCACUCACCUCUCCCUGCCACUCUUCCAUGCUUCUUCCCUGCUUCUUCCCUACUUCUUCCCUGCUUCUUCCCUGCUUCUUCCUUGCUUCUUCCCUGCUUCUUCCCUGCUUCUUCCCUGCUUCUUCCCUGCUUCUUCCCUGCUUCUUCCCUACUUCUUCCAUGCUUCCUCCUUGCUUCUUCCUUGCUUCUUCCCUUCUUCUUCCCUGCUUCUUCCCUGCUUCUUCCCUUCUUCUUCCCUGCUUCUUUCCUGCUUCUUCCCUGCUUCUUCCCUGGUUCUUCCAUGCUUCUUCCAUGCUUCUUCCCUGCUUCUUCCCUGCUUCUUCCCUGCUUCUUCCCUGCUUCUUCCCUGCUUCUUCCCUACUUCCUUGCUUCUACCCUGCUUCUUCCCUGCUUCUUCCCUACUUCUUCCCUGCUUCUUCCCUGCUUCUUCCCUGUCGUUUGCUUGCUGCGUUUCAUCCCACUCAUCCUCGUUCGCGCUUCAUAUGUCCCGUCCGCCCCCCACACCCACCCUUUAUGUGCCGCACUCCCUGCGAUUCUCAGGGAUGGAGCGUCAACGGAGGACGUAGAGGUGCCAUGGAUUGGGAUGGCUAAGCUUGCUGACUUUGCGAAUGCCACCGGGUAUUGGGCGAGUCAAUGUGCCGUACCGAAUCUGUCAGCUGCUGCUACUGCCAGCACCGGCGCGCAGGCAAGCAUGCUCGGGCAUGCAGAUACCCUGAUAAACGAUUUUCUCGAAGGCCAUUCCGCUCCAGUCUACUAUGAUGAUAUCAACAAUGGGAGCCACACAUCGGACGACCUCAAUGUUGACAUCGCGUCCCUUUCUACUGCAGCAGACGGCUCUUCUGGUGCUGUAGCGAGGCCGACUGUAAAGAGGAUCUCUCCAAAGAAGGAUUUCUUCCUGGUGAGCGGGAUGGCUUGUGGUGAGCGGGAUGGCUUGUGGUCCAACGCCUCGCAGAUCAUCAUAGACGUGCGCGGCAACGGGGGCGGCUCCGUACAAGCGGCGUACAGAGCCGUGCGCCUACUCAUGGGGGCGGCCAAGGUGCCAGACACGCAGCUCAUGCCGCCCAUGGACUUUGUCAUCGGCACGACGUACACGGAGAAUGCCAUGGGCGUGCUGGCAGUGGACAACACCACGGCGCCGCACUACUACCUCGGCCUCUACACGGACCUCAACGGCACCCACAUCGCAAGCGCCUUCGACUACGCGCCUUUCCGCCAGCUGCGCUUCACACAGGCCGGCCGUGCGGGGACCUACUCGGCGCCGUUCAAGUUCGACCACAAGGGGCAGCUGCCCGUGAAGGAAGAGCAGCCAGUGUUUGGCGACCGCCCCUUCCUCGUGCUCUCCGACGGAGACUGCUUCUCCACCUGCGCUGUCCUCACGCACCUCCUGGGGAAACGCCACAAAGUACCCAUGGUAACCGUGGGUGGUUUGCCCAACCAGCCCCUUGACGUGAGCUCCUCGUGCCUCGGGUUCACCCUGACUGACUCCUAUGCGAUGGCUGAAGGCCUGUACAAACUCGCUGCCACGGACCCACAGAAGGGGUCAAUGCCUCUCAAGGUUCAAGGGGGCGUUAGAAUGGCGUUCACCAACGCGUAUGUGGAUUCAGAGAUUCCGUGCGAGUUUGAGUUCCUGCCCAGCCAGCACCACAUCAACUACACCGUUGAUCUGAUUGCCAAGCCCUAG